GAUUUUUCAUCGCCCAAAAAAAUGGCAGACCGCUCGUAUCGAUUGUGUUGUUUUUCGGUGCAAAAUCAUGUAUAAUUCAAUUAAAAUGUCCCAAAUCGAGACGAAACAGUUUCGCUAAAGCAUUCGGCGAUGAUAUCUCAAAGUGCGUUGUAAAGAUCGUGUCCUCCAUCAAAAAACACGAAAGCCCUUCGCCCGAUACAACAACAACAACAGCCGUGUGUGUGUGCCAAUCGUGCACAAAUUUCCGCUGAACACCGAAACGGUACUUGUGUGCUGGCUGGAAUAUUGGAAAUCCCCGUUAGCAGCUCCAAUUUUGGCCAAUCUACAACACACACACACGCAACCUGAGUUUGUGAAACAAUUCCCGGCUUCCCUUCCCGAUCCAAAUGUCGCAGAGUGCACCGAGACGGCAUCCUCCCAGUGGCAAUGUCGAGGUCAGCAGCAUGUCAGCCAAGUUUGUUGACACCGAGUGGGAGGCGCGGGAGUCUCAGCGCCAGCGCGAGCUGGAGGAAGCACGCGCACGGGCCGCCCAGAUGGAGAAAACGAUGAAAUGGUGGUCCGACUGUACAGCCAACUGGCGCGAAAAGUGGAGUAAGGUACGAACCGAACGCAACAAGGCCCGCGAUGAGGCGAAACAGCUGCGCAGCAAUCUGGAGGCGGCCAUCAAAGAGUCCAACUCGUACAAGCGGGAAAAGUGCGAGCUGGAAAUGCAAAUCACACAGCUCAAGAAGGAGAUGGAAAAGGUGCACACGCUCAUGAUGAAGCAUGCGGGCCGGUUCAACAAAGCCUCCCUGGACGCAGCGGACGAACCGGACCGUGAUGGGCGCGGUGACAACAACUGUUCGCCAGACAUCUCGUCCGACGGGCUGAAGAACGUCAACAGCGAGGAUGGUUUGGUGACGAAGCUGCCGAACCUACCGGACGACGGUGCCGGUGUGCCGGGGGCCGCCAGCGCGAACGCCGAUCUCGACAUCGAGGAGUACAUCCUGCAGGGUGGCGCCAUGCCGAAACAUUCCGUAGAGUUUAAGGACAAGAGCGAACAGAUGGCGGAAGAGCGCCGGCUCAUCCAGCAGCUUUCGAAGGACGACUACGACGAGGACUAUCUGCUGCAGAAGAUCACUAUGCUGCAGCUGCGGCUGGACGAUGCACAGAAAACGAUUCAGAUCGAGCGGGAGGAGAAAAAUGCCGUGCAUCGCAAUCUGGAAAAGACGCGCCAGGACAUGCAGGAGCUACGCGACAAGUGUGAGGAGCUGCGGGCAGCGAAACAGGAUGCCGUGCGCGAGCUGCUGACGCUCCAGGAGCAGCACCGGGUGGAGAUGCGCAUCACGCACAACUCGCUGCAGGAAGAGAGUAUCGCACGGGAAACGCUGGAAAGACGGCUGUGCGAGCUGCGAACCGAGCUGGAGCGACUGCAGGCGGAAAAUGCGGCCGAGUGGGGCAAACGGGAGCGGCUCGAGACGGAAAAGCUCAACAUGGAGCGGGAAACGAAGAAGCUGCGGGCGGAGUGCCAAGAUUUGCAGGAACGGUUGGAGCGCAAGGGACGUCCGCUGGUGAACAGUGACGUGGAGCUUCGCUCCCUGCAGCAGGAACUGCUCGAAAAAAAUAAGGAGCUUAGUGACAUUCGUCAUUCACACAGCAAAAUGAAAAAGAUGCUGUCGGAGGCAAACACCGAGCUCGGUCACGCGGUACGCCGUGCGGAGCAGUACGAAACGGAGGUCAAACGGUUGCGAUCGCGUGUGGAAGAGCUAAAGCACGAGCUGGCCUCCGCGGAGGAUGAGCUCGAUGCCGCCUGCAAUCACGUGCGUCGGCUGCAGCGCACCAACGAGGAACUGAGCGGACAGACUGAAGGUUUGCAGGUGCAGAUACAGCAUCUUCAGACGAGUGGCAGUCCCAAGCAGCACGAGGUGGGCAACUAUAAGGCCACCAACCGCUCAAACUACACCGCCAACGUGAGCUACAAACCAAACAUUAACGAUCUGAAGCAACUGUUUGACAAUUCAGCGUCACGACAGUUUAGCGAUCGUGAUCGCGCUGGAGCCGUCGGUGGUGGUGGUGGCCCAUCGAAAUCGUCCGGCCUACCCGUACGCGAGCAACCAGCGUCCCUUUCGUCCAGCGUUAACCCACAGCAACCCCCAUCGUACAUCCCACUCUCAUCCGGCUCCUAUUACGAUGCCAAACCGAGCUACAUCGAUCACGAUGCACCAUCGCCCCCGUCGCUCAACAACAACAAGUACGAGUUCGAACGUGCCAAGCAAAAGUUCGACAAUAUAACGCGUGCGGCGGCAGCCGCCAGCAAUCCCGGCGGCCACAAGACGCGCGCAUCCUCCGGUGGUAAUGGUCAGCCAUCCUCCAAGCAGCACAACGCUGCCGGUGGAUCGGCCAUACCGAAACGAAACACUUCCUCCGGCUCCGGUGGACCGGUUUCGUCGUACUACGAGCCGAAUGUAUUCCCCAGCGGUGGUGGCAAUGGUCGGGCAGCUCAGCAUGCAGCAGAUGAUAUGCCACCGACGAAGAUUCAGAGCCACAUCAACGAAACGAUACAGCUGUUUGACGUUAGCCCGGGAGCGUACGAUCAGUCGCCGAGUGCAAACUGUCCUCCACCGAGGGGAAGUAUGGGACAGCAACAGCCCCACAAACCGAUCAACAUUGGCAAGAUGAACGAUGUCAAUCUGGAUGGGUUAAAGGUAUCGGAAGACGAUGAAGUGAGUACCGCCCGUCGUCCGCUCGCCCGUUAGCAAAAACGCCCUCUGGCACGCCCGGGGCUUCCGUUGGUUUUUUGAAUGUGCGUGUGCAGUUUGCGGUUGUGAAGCUGCCGUGUUGUAGUGUUGUGCAUGCUUAGGCGUUGGGAUACUUCUGCAUGCCGGUUUUGUUCCAUAAUAUGUAGUUUGUUGUUUGGUUAUCCUCGAAGCGACCGACGUGUCGGAACUAGCUGACAUACUAAUAAGCGCGUUACCGUUGUCUCACCCUCCCAACAGACUCCGUAGCUCGCACGGCUCGACCAGUCUCCUUUCGGCCAACGAAGAUAAUAGCGAUAAUGAAUGAUUUGUUAAGCAACUUGACUGGACUGGAGGACCGGUGGGAAUACAACGACACACAUACUCUCAGGCAAGAACGACACAAUGGUACAGGAUAUAAUCGUCCCAACAUUAUUGCCACUUGGGCCAUUGUAUUACCCAAGAAGUCUUACAUACAUCAACCACUACUGGUAUGCUCUCUAAAUGAAAACCCAAUUAAGCAGAUGCGAACGACACUUAGGUUUAGUCGUAAACUGGUAAUACUCUCAGAUACUGUAGCAGAGACCUCAGUACUUAUGCGGUAGCGAUAACGAAACAAGUAUUAAUCACGCAAACGAAGAUUCCUCAUCAAAAUUUACUUCGGUUUUCUAUUUCCUUACUACCCAGCAAUAUGGUGUAAAUUCUCCAACAAAACAUAUAGUACAACAGCUCGUCCCCAGUUUUAGCGAGCUACAGAUCAUAGCUUAUUUAUAUCCCUUGGAACAGAAAAGUAUUGCCAAUACGCAGUUAGCUCACAGAUCAUUCUCGUUUUCGUGUUUGGAAAGGUUUUUUAAAUUAUUUUGGUACCAAAAAUAUUCAAAUUUAACAAAUAAUAUCUUCUCGUCUUGGUCUUGAAUUAUUAAUUUUGAUUCAAAAUUUCGAUAGUAAAAUAAGAUAAGAGCGAUAGUGCUGAACAGAGAUUAUUACAAAUAGCAUAUCUUCUUGGCGUAUUGUUUUAGAGCGUUAGAGUGUUGGCGUGUUUAGUAGCUAUAGUUUAUCGUACUCUUACAAAUACAAAACUCCUUAUACAUGCAA